AUGAACACUCAUAUGCAAGUGCAUUCCGGGGAGCGACCAUUCACGUGCGGCGUGUGUAGCCGUGGAUUCACUGAAGCUGGCAGUUGCCGACGUCACAUGAAGCAGCACACCGGUGAAAGGCCUCACACCUGCGAAUUCUGCAAUAAAAUUUUUUUUCGUGUUGACGCUUUGAAAAGACAUAAGAAGACUCAUAAUCGUCAGGUGGCGAUGUGAGU